AGAGGAGAGUGAAGGCGCGGAAGGCUUGUCUGAGUCGCUCCGCAGUUUGUGGCGGUGCUGGCGAAAUGGACAACGCCGGGAAGGAGCGUGAGGCGGUGCAGCUGAUGGCGGAGGCCGAGAAGAGAGUCAAGGCCUCCCACUCCUUCCUUCGAGGGCUGUUUGGAGGGAAUACAAGAAUAGAAGAGGCUUGCGAAAUGUAUACCAGAGCCGCAAAUAUGUUCAAGAUGGCUAAAAAUUGGAGUGCUGCAGGAAAUGCAUUUUGCCAGGCAGCCAAGCUCCAUAUGCAGCUUCAGAGCAAACAUGAUUCUGCUACGAGCUUUGUGGAUGCUGGGAAUGCUUACAAAAAGGCAGACCCUCAAGAGGCUAUCAACUGCUUAAAUGCAGCCAUCGACAUUUACACAGACAUGGGAAGGUUUACAAUUGCAGCCAAGCACCAUAUCACCAUUGCUGAAAUCUAUGAGACUGAACUUGUAGACAUCGAGAAGGCAAUCGCUCAUUAUGAACAAUCAGCUGAUUAUUACAAAGGAGAAGAAUCCAACAGUUCAGCAAACAAGUGUCUCCUGAAGGUGGCAGCGUAUGCUGCCCAGCUUGAGCAGUACCAGAAAGCCAUUGAGAUUUACGAGCAGGUUGGAGCAAACACUAUGGACAAUCCUUUGUUGAAGUACAGUGCAAAGGACUACUUCUUUAAAGCAGCGCUCUGUCACUUCAUAGUCGAUGAGUUGAACGCUAAGCUUGCACUUGAGAAAUAUGAGGAGAUGUUUCCAGCAUUCACUGAUUCAAGAGAAUGUAAAUUACUGAAAAAACUUUUAGAAGCUCAUGAAGAACAGAAUAGUGAAGCUUACACUGAAGCAGUGAAGGAAUUUGACUCGAUAUCUCGCUUGGAUCAGUGGCUUACUACCAUGUUGCUUCGUAUCAAAAAGUCCAUCCAAGGGGAUGGAGAAGGAGAUGGAGACCUGAAGUGAAGCGUCCCUGUCUUUGUGGCAUGCAGCUAAUUCCUCUUUAGUUUUGUUUUAGGGCCAACUGAUCUUUACGGGAUGCCCAUUUAAUGAUUUAAUUUUGUUGCACAUGAGCCAAAUGACCUGUGUGUGUUUUAAGCACGCCAUGCUUGUGUUGCUAUGAAGUGGACAAGUGGGAAGCUCCUGUGCAUAUUGUGGGUAGGAUGGGCUAGUUCAAUGCUUGUCAGAGUCUCUGGGGUUUUCUGAGAACUACUUCAGAAACUGAUUCUUGUUGUUUUGAUACUUGCAGGGCCCUUGUUAAGUUUUGCCACGUAAUCUUUUGUCCUUCAUGGACUUGAGUACCCAACCGAGUUCUAAUAGAUGCUUGGGAAGUAUUCUCUAAAUAUCUGUGUUUAGCUUAGGAUGGUUGUUGGGAAUGAAUUUAUAACCUUUUUCAUUAGAAAUUUUGUUGUUGUUAUCUUGUGAUUCUUUUGAUGGUGCUAGUGACCACUUUCUUUGCUUUGUGUAUUGUUCUGUUUGCUAACAUGCAUGCACAAACUCAGAAUAGCCUGGGUCUGCUGGCAUUACUGCACAUUGUAAGUGAAGGGAGCUUCCUGGCAGUGCUUGUUUAUGUGUGCGGAUGAAUGUCAAGGUGAGUCUGACUGAUUUGUACUUAUAUACACACACACAUAGGACUUUGAAAAACAGAAUAUCACCUUUUCCUGGAGAGAGUUUCCAAUUUAGUUGGAAUGGAUACUCCUUUCUUUAAGGUCACAUAAAGUUGUUUAACGGGCACAUCCCUUUACUUUUGUGUUUAUAUACUUCCCCACAUAAAAUGGUGCUCUCGUUGCCAUGUUCAUGUAAAUCCCAUUCAGAACCAGGAGUCAAAGCUUGAGAAUGUGUGUCAUUCAUUUUAUCUCUUUAUUGAAUGUGACAGCUUAGAUAAGUUAAUAUUAUACUGGGUUUACUACUUGCACAUUUGGAGAAGAAUCCAAACUAGCUUCUGAUGGGGACUUAAUAUUCCUCUUAGCCAAUUGGAUUGAUCUUAGUGUAUUUGAUCUCUGUCCUUUUAUUUUGAUUUACAUAAUAUGUGCUCUUAUUUAAGAACUUGACCCCUACCUGCAUGUUACAUGCUCACAUUGUACUUUAGACAUCAUCUUGUUUCCUGAAUCUCCUCUGUACACAUAUUUAUGCUUCAAUGAUUUGUGUUUUAAAACAUUUGUUGCCAGACAUAACCUGUGGUUCGUUUUAGCUUGAUAGCGCUGAGACUUAGCCCCUGCACCAUCAUGGAGGCCCUGUGGUUCUUUUUAAAUUGUGACAGCAGUUAUUAAGGACAGGCAGUGAAAUUUUCCAUAUUAUGUCAGAUAGUAAUUGGUAUUUUAGUGGCAUUUUCAAUUUUGGAUGGCCCUUGACUGAGUUAGUAGACAAGUUGGACAGAAAUAGAGUGGGUAUGUGACUGUGUGACUUGACUGAAUGAGGAUGGCCUGGGAUAGUGUCAGUCAAUCUGAAAUGGAGGGACAGUAGCAGGAAAUGAAGAUGCAGAGGCCCAGCUGAGACCACAUUGUGCAGGCUCUCCCUCUACAGUGGUGGCAGUGGCAUUUUUUAUGUGGCAUUUUUUAUGAUGGACAGGUUAUGAGGUGGGGUAGACAGGUGACAAGGAUGGUCAGCAAUGGCACAGUGUCAGCUGAGGAUAGAAGGGAUGGAUCAGAAGAUACAGAUAACUCUGGUAUUGGGCCCUGGAGUCUGUCCUUCCUUCAAAGGUCUGGUAUUGUUGAAAGAACGCUGAACGUCACAGUACAGUUCAGAACACAGCCCAUUUGAAACUUCUUUGCUUCCUGUGGAGUCUCUUAUGAGAAAAUGCUUAGAUGUGGAUUCUUGUUGCAAUAACUCAUCUAUUCCUCAGCCAGCCCAAUACUCUCCUUUUGCAAGAGCCUGGGGAGCUUUUGCAGCGUCCUGUGUUCCAGCUGUAAUUCUUUCCAAGUGGGGAGCAUUUAAAUGCUAGUGCCAGCAUUCUUGUUCUAUCUCUGGUUUAGAAUGUUUAUUUCCACUUGUUAAAAAAACCAUCUUACCAUGUAAAGUUAAAACCAAAUGAUUUCUUUUAAGGAAUUUCAGUUUAUUCAUAGUGAUCUACUAAAAAACCUCUAUAUGAAGAAGCAUGAUUUUUAAAGCAGUAUCGGUGACGUUUUGUUCCUUAUUUUUAGUGAAGUAAACCCUGGGAUCACUGCCGAGUUAAGAAUUAAUUUUCAUUUGUGAUACUUCACCUAGAAAGGAUUAAAAUAACCAUAAAGGCUAGAACAGAUCUGCCAGAUGAUAAAGGGAAUUGUCCCGUUGAUAGUGUCCAGACUUCCUUGAAGUGUCCCAUCAGCACAGAGAGGAGCCAUGACUGGAGCUCUGAAUUAGGUCUCCUGGAUUUAUAGAAGUCAUUUAUGAGCAAAAUAGGACUUUAUGUUGUAAUCCUUGUAUUUUAGCAAAUCUGAGCUUAGUUCAUAAUCAAAGUCAGUUCAAAUCUCUUCAGGAAAGCUUUGUUUUGUGGCAAUAUUUUUAUAGCUUUAUGAGUUUUUUUUUUAUUUAAUGAUUUGAAAGCAGUAUUUUUGCACAGUUGUGGCCUGUGUGUGAUGGUGUCACUGUAACCAAAAUGUGUGCCCUUGUUAUUUUUCUCUGACUGUAUUUAAGAUGUCCAAACGCAGACCUCUGUGGCUUGCUUCAGAGGAGCUGGCAGCACGCAUGCGCCUCCGACCCUCCCGCCUGCAGUGUGCGCCAGGAGCUAAGGAGCAGGUUCGUGCCUGUCAGGUUCUCAGUGGGUCUCUACAGUGUUCCCCCUGCUGCUCUUGGGCAGAGAAUUACUUAUGAAAACUACCUGCCCAUGUGAUGGUAAAUCUCUUAGCAGAGAGUAUGGAUGUUUUGUGUGAACCUGUACAACAAAUAAAGUGGAAAUUAUCAGU